AUGGCGUUCUUCUCGUUUCGCCAGUUUCUGGGCCUAAUCGGAGUGAUUCUGACUGCAUGGAUUCUGAAUAAAGGUCAACAUAUUCUGAUGUUCGCUUUGGAUGAUUUUUCGGAGAAUUACACGACAUUUCUGGGAGAAAAAUGGUGGAGUACAGAACAAUUGGGACUGUGUGAUGAUGAAACAUUGGACGUUUUGUGGCAGAGAAAUGCUUCUGGUUCUUCUGCUGGUGGAGCUUCUUCAACUGGAGCUGCUUCGGCUGCAGCUGGGGCGGCUGACUCUUCAGCUGGGGCUGCUUCUUCUUCUUUCUUAUUCUCCUUCUUCGACCACUCGGGCUUUCCAUCUCCGGUUUGUCCCUUCUUCUUGGCCAUAAUCUCAUCGAGAUCUGUCUCCUUUUUGACGACUUUCAGGUUGGAACGGAAGUUUGAUUUCUCCUGA